UCUCUCCUUUUCAAGGUUUCUUCUCGAUUUUUGAGGUUCAUCAUUACUCAAGGUUCCACCAUGGCCUCUGCUGGUGUCCUGAUUGGCUGCUUGCUUCUCUUCUGUCCCCUGUUGCUGACAGGCUGCAAUGGUCAAACUGUCGGUCUAUCUGCUACUGGUACACGGCAAUUAGCACCAUACAGAGUGACAUUUGGUGAUGGACAACCUACAGCCAAAGUUACCGAUUACUUACCUGCAUGUGUUGUGAUCAGUGGAUCAGGACCAUUCAUUCGACUAGAGAAGACUGAUGGUAGUCUAGUGUUGGCUGAGUUAGGGUCCUUCGCAGUGUUUGGAAUACUACUGGUGAACAGCACAGUACAUCCUAUACUGAACACUUCAUACACUGGACUGUAUCAUUGUAGAACAGUGGAUAACAACUCAACCCAAACGUAUCAACUCAACAUUGUAGCUAAUAUGGGACUAACUCUAACCAGGGACCUUGCUCGCGAAGAUCCCUGGUUCGAGUCCUGGCGGUGUGACUGA